AUGAAGGCUAUCUCUCAAGCUAAAAUAGGCUUUCUUCACAAGGAAUUCAAAAUGAAUGAUCUGGGAAAUUUGAGCUAUUUCCUGGGAAUAGAGGUUGAUAGAACUGAUCAGGGGAUCUUCUUGUCUCAGAAAAAAUAUAUCAGGGAUCUUCUAGACCAGUAUGAUAUGAAUGGUUGCAAAACACUGAAGCUUCCUAUGGAUACUCAUGUUAAACUUCUAUCUACUGCUGACACUCUUCUUCCACAUCCUGAGAUCUAUCAAAGAUUAAUUGGGAAGCUCAUCUACCUAACUCUCACUAGGCCAGAUAUUGCUUACACAGUGCAUGUUUUAAGCCAAUUCAUGCACAGUCCUACUUCUGUUCACUUCCAAGCUGCAAAAAGGGUGUUAAGAUAUCUAGCUGGAUCACAGGAUCAAGGUAUCCUUCUUGCUUCUAAGUCUGGAGCUCAGCUUAAAGCUUUUUGUGACAAUGACUGGGCAAGAUGCCCAAAUACAAGGAAAUCUACUUCAGGCUUCUGUAUCCUACUUGGAAAGUCUCCUAUUGCCUGA